CGAACUGAGCGGGGCAGUGGUGGAGGCGCUGGUGAGUGCUCUCCAGGCGAAGCAGUUGACGCCGGUGCCGUAUCGGCCGGCUCUGCUCGGCUUGGUCGAGCGUUUCCACCGGACGUGGAAGGAUAUGGUCGCGAUGUUCGUGUCGGAGGCACAGAGUGAUUGGGAUCGAUGGCUGCCGUGCGCGGCCUACUCCUACAUGGUGCGAGGCAUUCAGGAACGGGGUACAGCCCCAACGAAUUGAUGAUGGGCCGACGUCUUCGGGCCCCGAAUGAGCUGUCGGCGGAGUAUCAUCGGGCGUUGGUGAGGAACAUGGCGACGGCAACGGAGGCGGCCAAGAAGGCGCUGGUCAAGGACCAGUUGAGGCGGGCUAGGUACUACGAUUGGCAGGUGCGGGCGCACAACGAGUUCGCGAUUGGCGACAGCGU